AUGUGUGUUGUAGCGUACAACUUCUGAAAAAUGCGUCGCUUGAAUAUGUCGUCACCAUAGCGGUCCAUGUGGUUCUACAGUGUCGUUUAUGCGUUUUCUUUAAAAACUAAAUAUCCAGCAAAGAAACAAAAUGUCUUCAAAUUCUCGUAGACCGGAACAUACGGCACCUCCAGAGGUGUUCUACAACGAAGAAGAGGCCAGAAAAUACUCUCAGAACUCUCGCAUGAUAGAGAUUCAGAGUCAAAUGUCCGAGAGGGCUGUGGAGCUCCUGAACCUGCCAGAAGAUCAGCCAUGCUUUCUGCUAGAUGUUGGAUGUGGUUCGGGGCUGAGUGGGGACUACCUGUCUGAAGAAGGCCACUUCUGGCUGGGGGUGGACAUCAGCACAGCUAUGUUGGAUGUUGCUUUGGACAGAGAGGUUGAAGGCGACCUUAUUUUGGCCGAUAUGGGGCAUGGUAUGCCCUUUAGACCUGGAGCAUUUGAUGGCUGUAUAAGCAUCUCUGCCCUGCAAUGGCUCUGCAAUGCAGACAAAAAGUCAUACAGCCCCCCCAAAAGGCUCUACACGUUCUUCAGCACCCUUUACUCCUCACUGGCCCGGGGCGCCCGAGCUGUCUUUCAGAUCUACCCAGAAAACUCUGAACAGCUGGAACUGAUCACAGCCCAGGCCAUGAAGGCUGGAUUCACUGGGGGCAUGGUGGUGGAUUACCCUAACAGCACCAAGGCCAAGAAGUUCUUCCUCUGCCUGUUUGCUGGAGUUUCGGGGGUGUUGCCCAAGGGACUGGGAUCUGAGGCCUUGGACCGAGGUGCUUCCAAUCAGGUCCAGUACUCUGGACAGAGGUGUCGCUACAAAAAUGUGAAGGGGAAAUCUGUAAAGAAGAGCAAGGACUGGGUUCUGGAGAAGAAAGAGAGGAGGCGGCGCCAGGGCCGCGAGGUUCGCGCUGAUACGAAGUACACCGGACGCAAGAGGAAACCUCGCUUUUAGCCGUGGAGAUUGGAGCUGUAUGGAGGCUGCGUGACCCACUGACCACAGGAGGGAGCGAGAACGCAGAGGACGGCUUUGGAAGUGGACAGUGUACUCGCAGGAACGCCAUGGAAGGUGUCCUGUGCGGAACGCGGGACUGCAAUCCACCCAUUUGCAUUACAUAUGUCAUGCAUGUUGAAGCUGAAUUCUGUGUUCAUGUAAAAACAGGUCUAUUAAAAGGGCUUUUUAUCCUGCA